AUGAGAAGAAUUCUGAAGGACAUGUUUUGCAGACGGGAAUUUGGCUCUGCAUAUGAGGAACAUCCGUAUCAGUUAUUUUAUUGCAUACGAACGCGUUCUCCUAUUUGCAAAUUUCAUCAUCCGAAAUUACGUUGCCCGUUUUUGAUUUGGUUGACGCUUAAUAUAACGGAUUCAAGCAAGUCUGUUCUAUUGGAGGAAGUUGAUAGCAAUGGAUAUAUACGAGAUGUUAUGUACGGUGGUGUGGAAUGGUCAACAUGGCUCUGUUUUCUGUCUAUUAUAGCGCACUCGAGAUCUGUUAGUAUAUAUUUAUUCAAUGAGAGAAAUAAAACGUGGUUUGGUUCCGGUCCGAUUCAGGGGUUCCAGAAUUUGUAUUAUACUAUCAUAGAUCACACUGAGGCUUGCAAACGGUUGGAGGAAGUUUGUGGCGCAUUAUCUAGACCCAUUUUAUUUAAUGAGUUAUUAAAGGGUAGAUUAUCAGCAGUUUCAAACACGAUAGGUGGCAAGUCAUUAAAACAUUCCUGUGAUGAUACAUACUUGUCUACGGACUUGUUUAUUCCGCCUUGUUCUCUGAAAAUAUAUAAUAGAAAUUUGAGGACCAAAUGGAGGUCUCAAUUGAACAGUCAUAACGGAAAUCAAGGUGACAAUCUGAGACGUGUUUUAUUUCAAGUUGUAAAUUGCCUCCUAACCAAGAAGGCCGACCGUUCGGCAAUGAAAGCUAUAAUACGAAGCAUUCCUGGUGUUCGACCAGGGCAAGCAAUUUUGAUAUGUGAGAACAAAUAUUAUGGAUUUUUUGUCAACUACAUUCUUCGAGUUAUUAACUACAAUUUGAAAGGACUUAGAAGUAUUGUUCAAGGUAGUCGUAAAGACAUGGCCUUGAAGAAUAUCCUACAUCCUAUGGCGAACGGGUAUCCGAAUCCCCUCCUGGAAAAUAAUAACAGCCCCCUCCUUAACGACCCCCUCUUGAACGACCCCCUCCUGAACGACCCCCUCCUGAACGACCCCCUCCUGAACGACCCUCAGAGAAAUACAGAAUCACCAAGCCAUCUGACCAUAUUCCCAGUUGCCUCGGCGUCGAUUACCAUACCGGACAAACAUCUGCAGAAACGCCCCUUGGUGAAUCGCUCGAGGAAGCACUUAGAGAAGCCUUUGGAAAAACGCCGGAUGGUCAGGGAGCAAGUAGGUUACGUUUCAUAUCCCACUUGGAAGAAGAUACUGGACAAUAGACACAAGAGCAUAAGAAUUAAGUCACGGUUGUUCCCCUUGAUGCUAGAAACCAUUGGUAAAAGGCGUCUUCGAAUGGUUCAUAAGAUAAACAAAGGAACGAUUAGGGUAACAAUCUCAUCUGGAUUAAUGAGAGACCCACAAAUAGUUAAUUUACCAGGAGCGGUAGAAAUUAUGAGUCAUGCUAUCCCAACCCUUGUUUCGGGUGGUAGCCACCAGUAUCUCAACUUACGGAACUGUCGUGAAUCAUUAUCGACCAGACUCUUCUACUCCAUGCUAUUACGCUGCCUCCAAGCAACCGCAAUGCAUCAUCAAUAUUCAACUCUUGUCUGUAGCAGGAAAAAGCACCAGACAUCAUUGGAAGAACUAGUAUCCUCGUUACCAGAAGUCUCCCUGAGUUAUUCCUACUUCAUGAUCACCAUCGACCUGGAAUCGUGUUUUGAUUUUGUUAACGGAUUCGUUUUCAAUGCAUCCCACCGAAAGUAUCCCCUUAUACCGGAUAUUUCCGAGUAA